CCCAACUAAACAGCGAUUUUAUUAUGUUAUGGCAUAUUUAAUGCAUUACUUUGGAGUAUGUAAACCACAAUGGUGGGAAAUGAAGGCCCAUACAAAUCUAUUGGCAGAAUUUAGUGGAGCUGUAGUUCGUAUAUAUGCGCCUGGAGUUCUGGUUUUGCUAACAAUUUUCUUGUUUCUAAAUUACAAGCAGUUGAGCUUUGAUACUCUUGGUACUAUAUUCUCUAUAUGGCCAGUAGCGUUUAUAACUAAUGUAAAAAUUUUGUCGACCAAUUUCAAAAGUUAUCAAAAACUUAUUGGAGAAUUUUUUACCAAGAUACAUAUAUACAAUUAUUACAAGUCUACAAAAGACCCUUUUGCCAAAAUGAAGGUGCUUCAAGUUGAACGCAAUACUAGAAUCACCGGAUAUUUUAUAGGAUUCAUAUUAUUUCUCGAUUUGGCAUUAUGGUUUGUUAUGCCUAUAAUCAAUAAUAUAGCGCACAAAGAACUCAUACGAAAUAAAACUGUAAGAUUACAGACGUGUUUAUAUUUAUGGGCACCUUUCGAUUAUGGAUACAAUGUCAACAAUUGGAUUAUUAUGCAUAUAGUUAGUUGUAUAUCGACAGUAUACGGUUGCAGUAGCAUCACAUUGUUUGAUACAUUGAAUUUUGCAUUCAUUUUCAAUUUGAUCGGUCACAUUGAGAUUUUUAAAAAUAAUAUUAAAGUACGAUUCCAAAAGAAGCUAAACAAUGAAGAGAUGAGAUUUGAAUUAAUUGAAACGAUGAAGUAUCACGCGUUCAUUACACAAAAAUUCAAAGACAUGGAGUCAGCGUUUGGUAUUAAUAUAGGUGGAAAUUAUUUGCAGAAUCUAUUUGAAGAUAGUUUGUUAUUGUACGAGUUGAUGUUUGGGCCCAAAGGAGACAAGAUGCAAUACGGUUUAAUGAUUGUGGUAUAUAUGGGAGAGUUGAUCAUAAUGUCAUUUGUACUGGAAGAAAUUCGUCGACAGAGUGAAGAUAUACCAGAGGUCGUGUAUUGCAAUAUACACUGGGAAGAGAUGUCGAUAUCGAAUAAGAAGAUCUUCUUACCUUUUCUAUUACAAGUGCAACCCAUAAUGGAGUUUAAGGCUGCUUGUGGACUGAGAGCUGGGGUGAAUCCUAUGAUUUCGAUUUUUAAGUCUACAUUCUCUUAUUAUAUUAUGUUGAAGUCAAGCAUGAAGUCGUAGUUCUGAAUAAAAAAUCCAGCACAGUAAACAAGAAAGAAGCACUAAAUACGUAUUCUAAUUAGAACCAGUUUGGAAUAUUUAAAAUAUGCUUAGUUCUUAAUAAAAGCAUUAUAUAAAUUAUUAUUGUUACCAUAGUUAUCACUAAAAGUAAAUACAAAUAAUAUUCUUAUUUGACAUAAAAAAGGAAUAUACUUGUAAAUACAGUCAUAUAUUAUGUAAAUAGAAGAUUAUAACAAACAGAAUAAAAGGCGAUCACUGAAAAAUCAACAAUUUUAUGGUGUAAUAGCGUUUCCUGUGAUAUUAAUGACUACGAGUGAUUAAGAAUCAUGAGUAAAUUACUGCCCUGGAUCGACGCCAUCACUGUUUCCACCAGUACGGUGCCGAUGGGAAAAGGAGAAUGCGUCGUCAUUUGUCAAGGAAAAGCUAAGAAACGAUUCAAGAUUUAAAGUAAAGAAAGUCAAGUGUGAACAGAUUUCGAGUUACGUCGUAUGAUUUCACAAUUUAUUUCUUUUUUCGCUAUAUUAAUUUUUUUUAAAUGGUUUUAACACUUACUAGUAUACGUUAAUAAGUUUUAUAAGUUAAUCAAAGGAAAAAUAAAAAAAAAACGCAGUCGCUCAUGAUUAAGGAUCACUAAUUGAUUUCGAAACUAGUCGACUUUUUUCGAUCUAAUUACAUGUAAAUUAAAACAGUAAUUAUUACAUUACAAUUACUGUCGAUAUGAUUGUAGAAAUUCAGAAAUAAAUGUAGGAAAAACUAAUAUCAAGAGUGAUGUUUUAUCAUAUUAUGUGAUCUGAUAUUUGACAGAUGACACUUACUAAAGUAUAGCAGAUUUUGUUCUCAAUUCCCUACAAUUUCUUAUAUGGAACUCUUGAUAUAAGUUUCCAAUGUGAUAUCCUUUCUCAGCGCUACUUACUUUAUAAGGAACUAUGCGGUUAUGACUGUUAAUCUAUUAGUUAUUUUAGGGAAAAAUUUCAACUACUUUUAUUAUUUUCAUUAUUUUUUAUAUAUGUUACUAAAUCAUUAUUAGUGUGGUAGUUAUUUAGUUUGUAUCUCGUUUUCAACAAAUUUUAAAAUGAGGAAAUUUUUAACUAUUUUAUUUUCUUAUUUUUUUCUUUACAUAACGUGUUACUAAAUUAUUAAUUAUUAUCUAUUUUAAUUUAAGAUUUGAUCGGGUAUUUUCCUUUCAAUCCUGUUGUCCAUUGUGAGUUUAUCCCAUAUAAGUUAUUAUGAGUGUUUUUUUUACACUUACCAUGCUUAAUUGAUGGAAUCUUACGGUGUAUACUUUUAGAGCUGUUUUACCUUUUUUUCUGGAAAAGAAAAUCUUUUUUUUUAUUAAUUAUAAUCACAUAUUUUGUUGUACGAAAUAAAUAUAUAUUUUUUUAG